UUUAGAAAGUAGUUCAGACAAAGAUAAUUUUGAUGAUAUUUUCGAACCUGAUGAAUCUACUGAACCUAUUCACAAACCUUUAAUUUGCAAAUCUAUAACACGUCAUUAUAAACCUUCUAAAAAACUAAAAUUUAAUCGUAAAACUGGAGUUUUUCAGCAAGAAUGUUUAAGAAUUUACUCUUGGUUAAUAUAUGAUGCUUCUAAAAAGUUGAUGUUUUGUUCAAUUUGUAAAGCUCACAAAAUGUCAAAUCGUUUUGUAAAAGAAGGAUCUAAAAAUAUGAAAGCUUCAACUCCAGCUGAACAUUUUACUAGCGAUAAUCAUACACAAGCAAAUAAUCUUAAACUUGCAAAAGUACAAAUGAAAAAAGUUACAAAUAAUGCUAUUAAUAAAACAUAUGAACAUACUUGUAGUUUAAUGAAAAUUGUUUUUUGGUUAGCUAAAAAUGAUGUACUAUUAAAUAAAUUUCCAAGUGUUAUUCAACUUGGUCGAGCUCUAGAAUCUCCAAAAAUUAUUUCUAAUACCAAUUCAAUUACUUAUGAAAAUCCUGUAUCUGGAAUAAUAUCAAAAAUCACUUCAUUUGCAUCUGAUGAAGCAAGUGUAAUGCUUGGAAAAAUGAAUGGGGUUGCAACAAAAAUUGCAGAAAGAAAUUCAUAUUUAUUUACUACACAUUGUAUUGCUUAUAGGUUGGCAUUAGCAU